GCCCGAGACCUGGCCGGCUUCGCCAAGGGCUGACGCGCCGGAGAAAAGUUGUGCCUUGACCUUCUCUCGCCUGGUGAUUUGUCCCCGGGUCCCCAGGCUGAGUGGAAGCCAGGACUGGAGGUCAUCGCGUCCAGACGCCUGAGGGCAACUGCCCGGGCGCCCGGAGUUGGGUGUUGGGCCCGGGAGAAGCCGACUCUGCCCCCGCUGUUAGUGCCCUGAGCCCUGGCAGCUCGGUUGUCCCCGGGAUCUCCGCACAAACUUUCUGACUGUCGAGGGGACACUGCGUGGAGGGAGGAUUCGUGGCCGCCCGUAGAUUUUGAGUCUUCUGGGGAAUUUCCUGACAGAGCCAAAUGUUAGAGACAUCCUUUGCAUUCCUCUGGAAGGUGAAGUGAGCACACGCAACCCAAGAGUGUGCAGUGAAGACAGCACUCACAGAGCAGUGGUGGCAGAACUUGGUUUAGCGGCUACGGUUGCAUAUUCAAUUUGUUGAAUUCUUCUGUGAGGGCUUCAAGCAGUGAUGUCACCAAACCAGUUGUGAAACAGGUUUUGGGAAGUGGCCAUGAAGACUGAAGAAGUUACAUUUUUCACAUGAUAAUUGAAGUUAAUGACUGCCUACAAUAUUUUCAUGAAAAUUAAGUAUGACUUAGAAGUGUCAAAGGUUUAUGAUGUCAUCAGUUUCGACAGAAAGCAAACUCCAGCAGGCUGUCAGCCUGAAGGGAGUUGACCCAGAAACAUGCAUGAUUGUGUUUAAGAACCACUGGGCACAGGUUGUGAAGAUCUUAGAGAAGCAUGACCCCUUGAAGAACAUCCAGGCAAAAUAUGGAUCGAUCCCUCCAGAUGAGGCCAGCGCUGUGCAGAACUAUGUGGAACACAUGCUGUUCUUGCUCAUUGAAGAACAAGCCAAGGAUGCUGCCAUGGGGCCAAUUCUGGAGUUUGUGGUCUGUGAGAACAUCAUGGAAAAGCUUUUCCUCUGGAGCCUGAGGCGGGAAUUCACCGACGAAACCAAACUGGAGCAGCUGAAGAUGUACGAGAUGCUGGUCACGCAGUCGUACCAGCCCCUGCUGCACCAUAAGCCCAUCCUGAAGCCCCUGAUGAUGCUGCUGAGCUCCUGUUCGGGGACAACCACCCCAGCCGUGGAGGGAAAGCUGGUCGUCCUGCUCAACCAGCUCUGCUCCAUCCUUGCCAAAGACCCAUCCAUUCUGGAACUCUUCUUCCACACCAGUGAGGACCAAGGGGCCGCCAACUUCCUCAUCUUCUCUCUUCUGAUACCCUUCAUUCAUCGAGAGGGCACAGUAGGCCAGCAAGCUCGGGAUGCUUUGCUGUUCAUCAUGUCUCUCUCCGCGGAGAACAGCAUGGUGGCCAAUCACAUUGUGGAGAACACCUACUUCUGUCCAGUACUUGCAACUGGACUCAGUGGCCUGUACUCGUCCCUGCCCACGAAGCUGGAAGAAAAGGGUGAGGAGUGGCAUUGCCUUCUGAAGGACGACUGGCUCCUGCUGCCCCCCCUCGUGCAGUUCAUGAACUCGCUGGAGUUCUGUAACGCCGUCAUCCAGGUGGCCCACCCCUUGAUCCGCUCUCAGCUCGUCAGCUACAUCUACAAUGGCUUCCUGGUUCCAGUGUUGGCUCCCGCCCUCCACAAGGUGACGGUGGAAGAGGUCAUGACCACAACUGCAUACCUGGACCUUUUCCUGCGCAGCAUCUCUGAGCCAGCACUCCUGGAGAUCUUCCUCCGCUUCAUCCUGCUGCACCAGCAUGAAAAUGUCCACAUCCUGGACACGCUCACCAGCCGAAUCAACACCCCCUUUCGGCUUUGUGUGGUAUCCCUGGCCUUGUUCCGAACUCUCAUCGGUUUGCACUGUGAAGAUGUGAUGUUGCAGCUGGUUUUAAGGUAUCUGAUCCCGUGCAAUCACAUGAUGCUGAGCCAAAGGUGGGCUGUGAAGGAAAGAGACUGUUACUCCAUGUCCGCGGCCAAGCUGCUUGCCUUGACCCCCGUCUGCUGUGCCAGCGGCAUCACCCUGACACUUGGGAACCAAGAAAGGGAUUAUAUUCUCUGGUCAAAGUGCAUGCAUGAUGGCUCAGGGCCCGAGGAACAGCUGCUGCCAGAAGCACCCUGCCCACCUUCUCCAACCACCCCACUUUCCUCUCCUGCCCCAUCAGCCUGCAUUGUGGAGUAUGGGAAGACCCUGGACAUCGGCUACCUGCAGUACCUGUGGGAGGCCCACACCAACAUCCUUCACUGUAUGAGGGACUGCAGGGUGUGGUCAGCCCUCUAUGAUGGGGACUCGCCUGACCCUGAGACCUUUCUGCAGAGUCUACCAGCGGAGAGCCGAGAAGGCUCAGCCCACCCAGAGGCCAGACUCCCUCAGCAGCACACCAGGACAGCAGGGCAGGUGAAGGACAAGAACCAGUCGGAGCUGGAAUGGGACGACAGCUAUGACACCGGUAUCUCGUCUGGGGCAGAUGUGGGUUCUCCUGGGCCUUACGAUGAUGUGGAGACUCCAGCCCCACCAGCACCCAUGGAGCCCCCCAAACACAUCCAAGAGAUGAAGAAGAACGCCAUCCUCCUCUUCAAAGGCUCCUACAUAGAAGAGUCAGACUUCCAGGAUGAUGUGAUGGUGUAUAGGCUGUGUGCAGAGAAGGACUCCGAGGACACCAGGGAGCCACAGGGGGUCACGGCCGAGCCACCAGCCAAGACCCAGCCCAAGGCCCAGCCCGAAGAAGACCAGAGUCCCCCCGUGAGCAAUGGACCUCUCUUUAGCCCCGAUCCUGAGGCAGAGCCACAGCCCGGCCCGGAGAGUUCAGACCUAUGUCAGAGCGUGUUCUUAGAAACCAUGCAAGAGCGUGACUGUGACGCGGAUGCAGCCUUGGACUUAAACUCGGAAUCGAUAGUACCCGUAUCUGAGGCAGAAGUCCAGUCAGACCUGCCGGCCGCCAACACAGAGAGUGAUCUCAUUGCACAGUACGACAAGAUCAUUCAAGAACUGGAUUCUGGCCCCGAGCGCUUGAUGGGCCAGACCAUUGCCACGUCUGACCCCCUGCUUCUUACAAACCAGGACAAGAGGCGAGAGGAAGGCAGAGAAGAGGAAGAGGAUGACUUCGACUCCCUCAUGGCAGCAACUCCUGCUGCAGAGACUGUGCCUUCCCCGUUUGGCAUCAGAGAGGACACGGCCUUGCCCGGUCGCCAUCCCGCGAGGACUCAAAGCGCCCCGUUCACAGGUCCAUUCAUCAGUGUGGUCCUGUCGAAGCUGGAGAACAUGCUGGAGAACUCUCUGCAUGUCAACUUGCUUCUAAUUGGCAUCAUCACCCAGCUGGCCAGCUACCCGCAGCCACUCCUGCGCUCCUUCCUCCUCAACACCAACAUGGUCUUCCAGCCUAGCGUCCGCUCUCUCUACCAGGUCCUUGCUUCUGUGAAAAACAAGAUCGAGCAGUUUGCUUCCAUGGAGAGAGACUUCCCAGGGCUCCUCCUCCAAGCCCAGCAGUACCUGCUUUUCCGGGUGGACAUGUCUGAUGUGACCCCUGCAGCAUUCACCAAAGAUCCCACUCAAGAGGUCUCCAGGACAGAAAGUGACAAGACCCUAACGGAUGACCCCCCACGCGUGUUUCAGCCCUUCCUGGGCAACAGAACAAAGGUGGCUGGGGCACCCCCAAACCUGCCUCUGCCAGUGAAGAACACCAUGCUGGCUGCCGCUCUCUUUCCAGAGUUCCUGAAGGAGCUGGCAGCCUUGGCCCAAGAACACUCAAUUCUGUGUUACAAAAUCCUCGGGGACUUCGAGGACUCCUGCUGUUAACUUUUUAUACUACUAUUUUAAUAGAUACUCGGUUUUAUAAGGUUAUAGCAUCAACUGAAUGUUAAAUGCAAAGCUGCUUAUCAAAAACUGUCCACUUUGAUACUUCCUGACAAUACUUGAUUUGUAGCCGGGUCUCCCUUUGUUAUACGGAAUGUAAGUCUCUGAGCUGGCUGCCCCGUGGUGGGUCUUCCUGUUGAGUUUUUCCUCUUUACCAGGUUUAUAGUUGCUCUUCCAUCCCUGGAGCUUGUAGCUCACACAGCGCCGAGCACGCAGAGGUUCUGUGAUCUCUGGACGCCGUGAUGGGGGUCAGCUUUUCAGCAGCCUCAAGGAAGCUCCUCCAUGGGCAUGCGCAUGCCUGCCCUCUCUACCCUCUGAAAAAUGCAAGAGGAGCAUGGAGCUCCGCCUGCCACACAGGUACACCUCAUCUGCUGCUUCGAAUGUUACUUCUAGGACUUGCAGUCUCUCCACACGUAUUGCCUUAUAUUGUGGGAAAAUCCCCUAGCCCCAGCUGUCUGCCCAAAAAAUUUGCACAGAAAGAAUUUGGAAUGUGGGGAGUUUUUAUCUUGUUGCUUGAGAGCUUGCUCUAUCAAGACCAAAACACAAGACAGCCUUAAUUUAGUACAAUUUGCACAAAAUGAAGCAUACCUAUGCAAACCCUGGACCUCAGGCAUGUGAUCAGGUGAACAGAGUGUGGUAUCAUAUACUAAAAAGCCAACCAUUAUUAUUUGUUUUAUGAAAAGAAACAUUAACUUGUGAAGCUAUAGAGUACUUGGGGGGGGGUGGCAGAGUUUGAAGUGCAAAAGAUAAAAUUAUACUAACUGAAACCUGUAGAAACACUGGUAGUUAUUUCAUUUUGCUAUCUGGAGGCAAGGAUGGAAAUGCAUACGGAUCCCAGGGAGCUGGUGAAGCUGGGUGCCUGCUGGGGACCUACAGCUUCGAUUGAGGAGGCCCUAUGGAACGAAUGCCCAGGUCUGCCCUGGGCUGGGUGAGUGUGUCACAGGCUAAACAGGAGCCUGAUACCUGGCCAUGGAACAUUGCUGACUUCAUGUCUGUACUGAAGAGCGGUCUGCCUAGUCAUGGUGCAGUGGCCAUCGUGUGGGAGGCACAGUAAACUGGCCUGCUCCUGCCUUCCUGAUGCGUGCUCACAGGUCUCCACUAGAAAGGGCGUGGCUUCUGUGAGAGCAACUGCUACCCCUUCACACACCACUUUGUCUGGUUAUCUGUGCUUGCCACGCCACUGAAUGCUGAAGCCAUAUCUGCAAAUGGAGUUCUUGUGGUUUUAUGACUAUAAAUAUCGGUUUUCAUGUCCACAUUUCUUAUUCCUUAAGAAAAAAUAAAAUUGCUAGGCAAGCAUGCUGCUCCCUAGCUACACUCUAUACCUCUUCUACAAAUUAAUUAUACACCCUCUGUGGCAGGUGCCUGUGGGAAAGUGACUUUGGGUGUCACCCCCCCACCACCCCGAGGUACUGAUACACACUAUGGUAAAAGGGGGGACAGAGAUGACUGCCUUGAGUAUCAUGUGAAAGGGAAGGAAAUCAGAUUACCUGGUGUAGGAUGUUGAUAGCAAACUCACUUGACAACUCUAACUCCAUCUGUUUGAGUCCUUACAGACUUCCCUAAGAGGACUGUGCUCAGUCUGACAAAAUGGAAGUCAGAAACCUGAGCUGGGAAUGGAGCACUGAGCACCUCAAAGCCCGUGCAGUUGAGCUAAGUAGCCAGGGAUGGUGUGGAUGCCGCUCUCGGCAGGCAGGUGAUGACAGGAGCCCUCUCUCUGGGAAGGAGCAGCCGUGAGGUAGGUUAUUUUAGUCCCAAAGUUCACAGCUGAACCUUUUUAUUCUCUUUUUUGGUAAUACAUUUUGGGAGAAUUUUUAAAGCUAUCUGACAUGUUUAAAAUAUGGUCCCGGGACUAUGUCCUCGUCCCUGUGACAGGUGUCAUCAGCUGCCAUGCUUGAGGGGCAACAGACCCUGGACUGGCGUCACUGAGUCUAUCUGACAGACCACAGAGGGUUCCUGGAACAUCACAGCAUUAGCCUAGAUCUAUAAUUCAGAGUCUGAUUUAAGGUCUACACUGAAGAAAUUUAUGGUUCAAAAUACACGAGCACACAGGGAUAGUUAAAACUGAUUUUGAAAAUCGUCAGGUAAAUGUAAAAAUUUGAACAAAGAAA